AUGACCAUCUCGAAUUCAAUUAUUCUUACGCUCGCCUUGGGCUACACCGUCCAGGCAGGCAUCACAGUCGUCUGGCAAGGUGGUAGUUGUGCCAAUCCAACCGGUCCAACUAUUGACAUCAGUCCAGAGGGAGUCAAUACCUGCACACUUUACAACUUCUUCCCCAAUAACGAUCCCCGUGGCCAUAUUACCGUCACUACCAGCGGCGGUCCUAACGGUCUUGCUAUUUUUCAGCUACCACAGAGCCAAGAGGACCAACACAUUCAGUGUGGUUCUUUGCAAGGCAUCUUUCACCAGUCGGGAUGCUAUGAUUCUGUUACCCCAGCGCUUGAUGUCGUCACGGCUGAGUGUGACCAAACCGGCUGUAACAACUUGGCGGGUAUUCCGUCUGGCAAGCUAGUUGCCUCUAUUUCGUCUAUUCCCGCCAAGAAAGCAAAGCGAAACAGGCAAGAUAGCUUCACAGCUCGUCGGAGAGACUCUUGCAGCGGGUCUACAACUGUUACUUGCGAUGACUGCGUUACCUGUCUGGCUCAGGGUGCUCGAGUCUCGCCGUUUAUUAACUGCCCUGGCCAAGGGAACUCUUGCGCUAUUCAGCUAUCUCACUCCGUGACAGUUACUGAUUCCUUCAGUAUGUCUGUUGGUGCUGCCGACGUAUUCACAGCAUCGGUAGAUGUCUCUCACUCUAUUGCUGUGACGAAUGGUGAUUCUGAAACUUUCACGGUCAGCCCUGGGCAAGCAGGAUUUGUCCAGUAUGAACCACUCGCCCAGUGCGGAACCAAAACUGUACAUAAUGGUGACGGUUCCGUCUGCGCACAAGCCAAAGGGACUUUUAUCCUUGACAACCAGGGAGCUGGCGGUCAAUUAUCCUUUGUUCGGUCAAACUAG